AUGAGCUCCCCCGGCUCCGAGAACGCGGGGAAGAGCCUGCAGUACCGAGUGGACCACCUGCUGAGCGCCGUGGAGAGCGAGCUGCAGGCGGGCAGCGAGAAGGGGGACCCCACGGAGCGCGAGCUGCGCGUGGGCCUCGAGGAGAGCGAGCUGUGGCUGCGCUUCAAGGAGCUCACCAACGAGAUGAUCGUGACCAAGAACGGCAGGAGGAUGUUCCCGGUGCUGAAGGUGAACGUGUCUGGCCUGGACCCCAACGCCAUGUACUCCUUCUUGCUGGACUUCGUGGCUGCCGACAACCACCGCUGGAAGUAUGUGAACGGAGAGUGGGUCCCGGGGGGCAAGCCAGAGCCUCAGGCGCCCAGCUGCGUCUACAUCCACCCCGACUCGCCCAACUUCGGGGCCCACUGGAUGAAGGCGCCCGUCUCCUUCAGCAAAGUCAAGCUCACCAACAAGCUCAACGGAGGGGGUCAGAUCAUGUUGAACUCCUUACACAAGUACGAGCCUCGGAUCCACAUAGUGAGAGUUGGGGGCGCACAGCGCAUGAUCACCAGCCACUGCUUCCCAGAGACCCAGUUCAUCGCAGUGACCGCUUAUCAGAACGAGGAGAUCACAGCUCUUAAAAUUAAAUACAAUCCAUUUGCAAAAGCUUUCCUUGAUGCGAAGGAAAGAAGUGAUCACAAAGAUAUGAUGGAAGAACCUGGAGACAGCCAGCAGUCUGGGUACUCCCAAUGGGGGUGGCUCAUCCCUGGAACCAGCAGCCUGUGCCCACCUGCCACCCCCCACCCUCAGUUCGGAGGGCCCCUCUCACUUCCCUCUACGCACGGCUGUGAAAGGUACCCCGCCCUGAGGAACCACCGGCCAUCCCCCUACCCCAACCCUUACACACAUCGGAAUAAUUCUCCAACCUAUUCUGACAAUCCAUCUGCAUGUCUGUCCAUGCUCCAAUCCCAUGACAGUUGGCCCAGCCUUGGGACGCCUGCCCAUACCAGCAUGCUCCCCAUGAGCCACAGCGCCGGCCCACCCACCGGCUCUAGCCAGUACCCCAGCCUGUGGUCUGUGAGCAACGGCACCAUCACGCCUGGGGCUCAGACGGCGGCGACGUCCAACGGGCUGGGGGCGCAGUUCUUUCGGGGCUCCCCCUCGCAUGCUGCGCCUCUCACCCACCCGGCCCAGGCAUCCUCCUCCGGAUCCCCGCUGUACGAAGGGGCCCCCACGGCCACAGACAUUCCCGACAGCCAGUACGAUGCGUCGGCCCAAGCCCGCCUCAUAGCCUCGUGGACGCCCGUGUCACCACCUUCCAUGUGA